UGUGAGCAUUCAAACCAAUUAUGUCUCCUGGCAACAGCUUACAGCCAGGCUCAUCUUCUGGAGAGGGAUUUUUGUAAAUGGGAUCAGGCUGCUUACAGGGGAUUAUCAUGACGCACCUCCCCUCCGCCUGGAAUCUGGAGGAUCUUCCUCAAUCCUCUUCCAACCAGCGAAAGGAGCAUCACGAUUAGCCUCACCUGUUGAUUUCAAUGUUUUUGGAGGGAAAGUUUAGAACCAAGGCAAGGGGGCAGGUGUGACCCUGUGUUCUGUCAUCUGUCUGGGUGAGUUUUCUUUGUAGGGACCGGCCACUAUGGGAGAGGAGAGGGCCCUGAAGGAAUAACCGCACUCCUCUUUCUUUACCUCUGCUCCUUCUCUCUGGGAUGGAUUACAGAUCAUUGCCUGAGCUGACAGUCCUGCACUGCUGGAUGAGCUGCAGGAGAGACUGAGAGACGAAGAGAACGGCUGAAACCACCUUACAGGGAAUCAACGGUUCACAACGCUUAACGAGAACAGCUGAAACUCUGCUGGCUGGGACAUCCAGAAGAAGGACCAGACCUUAGAGCUAUAUCUCAUCUCAGUAGUGUACUUUCCUUGUGUAUAGGUAAGGAAUAUCCCUAGGUUGCCACCAUGGCACUAAUGGUGGUCAAGUUUGACCUGAAGAAGCGGGUGAAGCUAGCCCAGUUCCUAUGGCUGAUGUACUGGUUCUCAGUGAUGGCAGGCGUGCUCGUCUUCAGCAUGGGGCUGUUCUUUAAGAUCGAGCUGCGUAAGCGCUCGGAGAUGAUGGACAACAAUGAGAGCCACUUCGUUCCUAACUUACUAAUUGCCGUGGGGCUGCUGGCCUGUGGGAUCAACGCCAUGGGAGGCAAGAUCUGCUAUGACUCCUUGGACCCUAUCAAGUUCUCCAGGUGGAAGCCUAUGCUCAAACCCUUCCUAGUCUCCUGUGUGGCUUUCAAUUGUCUCCUGGUGCUGACGGCUCUGCUCUGCUUCCUGAUGAGGAUCCCUCUCCAGUUCACGCUGGCCGAGGGCCUGAAGAACGCCCUGAAGUUCUACAAGGACACAGACACGCCGGGACGCUGCUACAUGAAGAGGACUUUGGACCAGAUGCAGAUUGAGUUCCGUUGCUGCGGCAACAACAACUUCAGGGACUGGUUCGAGAUCCAGUGGGUCAGCAACCGCUACCUGGACUUCAGCGCCAAGGAAGUAAAAGAUCGUAUCGGCAGCAACGUGGAUGGGAAGUACCUGAUGGAUGCUGUUCCAUUCAGCUGCUGUAACCCCGGCUCCCCUCGGCCCUGCAUCCAGUACCAGGUGACCAACAACACGGCCCACUACUCCUACGACCACCACACCGAGGACCUGAACAUCUGGAAACGGGGCUGCCGCGACGCACUGAUAUCCUACUACGGAGGCAUGAUGAACACCAUAGGAGCCCUGGUGCUACUGGUCGUUAUUCUGGAGGUUAUUGUGAUGAUCGGCCUCCAGUACGUGAACACCUCCCAGUGCAACCUGGCCAACCCAGAAGACCCAGAGAGUGAAAGCGAAGGCUGGAUCCUGGAGAAGACGGUGAAGGAGACGUUUACUGACAUCAUGGACAAGAUGAAAGCCAUGAGCAAGGGUAACGCAGUGGAGGAGGGCGGAGUGGAUGGUGUUGCCACGGUGAGCUGAUCAAGAUAUGCCCACACAAACUGAGACCACUCCCACCAAAGGGAAGAGAGGGAGAUUGACCACCUCCUUUGCAUUUAUUACACAAAAUACACACAUAUGCGCACAACACACAUGAUUCUGGCCAUCUGAAGGGAAAACUAAAAUGGACACAAGUGGACAGAUCCUGAGUACAUGACAGCACAUAGGAUAUUUUGAAUGUAUAAAUGCAUGAAUGUAUGUGUAAGUUAUAUUAUAACCAAUUGAUAAAUUGACUUUCCAAUAUGCCCUCCUCCACCCCAAUACACACACACUCACAAUACACUUUUUCUAAACCUCAUGAUUUUUCAACACACACACUCCCUCUAACCCCAGCUUUGUUAAUCUGCGAAGCAGUUCCCAUUUGAUGGGAUGCUCUCUGUGUGUUUUCUAACAUUCUGUAUAGUUCUGCUCUAUUUCAUGUUCAUAUUUUACAACUUUAUUUGUACCCCUUUUUUAUAAAACGAGAGGAAAAACAUAAACACUAUCCACUGUCAUGAAAAUGCAUGAUGUCAGAUGUUUGCAUUGUAUUGAGAAUAUAUAUAAACAGGUUAAGAGUAAGGUCAGGAAAGCAGGUAUGUUGCAUUUUAAGGAUGGUGUGGGGCUGGUGGUUGCUACGCAACCCUCCAUCACAGAAAGGAGGUUAAAGUGGAAAGGUUAAUUAAUCGCCCAAGGAGCAGAGAGUUUUAUCUUAAAACAUUUUGACCCACCUGUAGAGCACUUUUUUUAUUAGCAAAUUCCAAAGAAAUGGACUGAAACACGUCAGACAUCACCUCUUUAAAGUCCUUCCUCUCCUACCAUUACCUUGAGGGAUGGAGCGGGGCUGGAAACUCCUGGGGGGUAGGGGAGGUGGAAACAUUUCAACUUAACCUGAUGGUGUUGAAGUUUGGGGUGCACUGCUGGAGGAUUGGAGGGGCUAUAGGAGACGAGGCGCGGGUGAAAGUGGCAGAGGUGAACCAGGGGUGACCCCAAAACUUGAGGAGGACAUUUGAGAUUGGCAGCUAAACCCCUGAUCUCCAACCCCUGAACUCUGACCCCAGCCCCUGCUCUGUGACAUCACUCAGCAGGUCCAAUCAGCAUUUCUCUUAUUGGACCGUCGAGAGUUACUGUAUAUAUCACACUCACUGAGUUCCUGUACAUACAUCACUCAUAGGCCAACGCCCGUGCUACUGUUAUCUUUGUAAAUAGUCUAGUAUUGAUAACUUUUUUUAAACAAUGUAAUUAAUAUAAAUUAUUUUAUUUAUUUUAAAGAAAAUGUGUUUUGCCAUGGGAAAUCAAUCUGAUUUUCUUUCUGUAUGUUGUGUAGAAAGAUGAUAAGACCAUUGUGUACAUUUGAAUAAAGGAAGUUAGCCCCGUGAA